AUGUUCUUCAAAACUUCACAUGCCCUGGCCAUAAUGGCCCUCUUCGAGGGGUCAAUGGCUAAGGAUUGGCUCAGCCCCGAGUACAGGUUCUUUUACCAAUUCCCUCUGCCAAUCCCGCCGGUCAAGCAGCCCAAAUUCCAAGUGACUAACCCAGUCACUAACAAACCAAUCGAUUACUACGAGGUCGAGAUCAAGUCCUUCAAGCAGCAGGUCUACCCCAACUUGGGGCCUGCUACGUUGGUUGGCUACGACGGUAUCUCCCCUGGACCUACCUUUCUGGUGCCCAGAGGGCGUCAGACUGUCGUCAGAUUCGUCAACAAGGCCGUGAACCCCAGUGCCAUCCACCUUCACGGUUCUCCCUCGCGAGCACCUUGGGAUGGUUGGGCUGAAGAUCUGAUCCAGCCUGGACAGUACAAGGACUACUACUACCCCAAUAGCGCGAGCGCCCGUAUGUUGUGGUACCACGACCACGCGGUCGAUAUUACUGCUGUGAACGCCUACUUUGGCCAGGCCGGUGCAUACAUCGUCCAAGACCCUGCCGAGAAUGCUCUCAACCUCCCUUCGACCUACGGCGUCGAUGACAUCCCGCUUGUGCUCGCCUCUAAGCAGUAUAAGAAGGACGGCAGCCUCUUUUCUCCUGCGGGAGAAACAGACAGCUUGUACGGAGACGUCAUCCACGUCAACGGCCAGCCGUGGCCCUUCUUCAAGGUCGAACCCCGCAAAUACCGCCUUCGUUUCCUCAACGCUGCCGUCUCCCGAUCCUUCAUCCUCUACUUCCAGCGUCAGAACGGUGGCGCCAACAUCCCCUUCCAGGUGAUCGCCUCGGAUGCCGGUCUGCUCACGAACCCCCAGACUUCGACUACCCUCACUACUUCCAUGGCUGAGCGCUGGGAAAUUGUCUUUGACUUUUCCAAGUUUGCUGGCCAAAACAUCACCCUGAGAAACCAGGAAGAUGUUGGCAAGGACAAGGACUUCGGCUUCACCAACCAGGUCAUGCGAUUCGUGGUCGGCAACCGGGCUGUAGUUGAUACCACUGUUGUGCCUGCCAAGCUCCGUGACGUUCCCUUCCCACCUCGCCAAAACGGCGUUGACCGCAAAUUCGAGUUCCACCGCAAGAACGGUCUCUGGAAGAUCAACGGUGUUGGCUUCAGCGACGUCCAAAACCGCAUUCUCGCCAACGUUCCCCGCGGCACCGUCGAGGUCUGGGAGUUCGAGAACGGCGGCGGCGGCUGGACUCAUCCUAUCCACGUCCACCUGGUCGACUUCCGCAUCAUCAGCCGUACUGGUAAGGACCGUAGGGUGCUGAACUACGAGGCGGCUGGCUUGAAGGAUGUUGUAUGGCUCGAUGCCGGCGAGACCGUCCGCGUGGAGGCCCAUUACGCUCCUUGGGACGGCGUCUACAUGUUCCAUUGCCACAAUCUCAUCCACGAGGAUCACGAGAUGAUGGCAGCUUUCAACGUCACCGCCCUCAAGGAUCUCGGAUACCCCGAGGUCUCGUUCGCGGACCCAAUGGAGCGCAGAUGGAGGGCUGUCCCCGUUAACGCGGCCGACUUCACUCGCGACGCCAUCGUCCGAAAGAUCCAGUUCAUGGCCUCGCUGCAGCCUUACAACAACGAGGAAGAGGUCCUGAGAAGACUUGACCAGUACUGGGCGGCUCGUGGCGGCGUCAAGAUGAGGCGCGUCAAGAGAGAGGAGCAGCCCGCCAUCGACGGGCCCGAGCAGUAA